CGCCUUUCGCAAAGCAGGCCGGGAGGGGAGGCGUUCGUUUUCCAAGAUGGCGGCGGUGCUGGGCGAAGGCUGGUGGGCUCAGCUGCCUUCUCACCCCGCGCUGGCCCGGCUGCGGGAGCAGGCCUCCCCGGCAGGCGAGGAGGGCUCCUCCCCGGCCUUGCCCCGCUCCCUGCUCCUCGGCCUCGGCGCAGAACUCCUCCUCUGGGACCCAAGGAGCGGCGCCUUCUGCGUCCUCGGCCUCCGCGGCCCCGAAGGCGAGCAGACAGGCCUCGAAGGCCGCGCCCAGACGUUGCUCUGCCUCAACCCUCCGCUUUUUGAGGUCCACCAGACGGUGCUGAGUCCCACGCAGCAGCACGUGGCGCUCAUCGGCACCAAAGGCGUGAUGGUGAUGGAGCUGCCCAAGCGCUGGGGGAAGAACUCUGAGUUCGAGGGAGGGAAGGCCACGGUCAACUGCAGCACCGUCCCCAUUGCUGAGCGGUCUUUCACAAGCGUGGCGACUUUGACCCUGAAGCACGCGGCCUGGUACCCCAGUGAGACGCUGGAGCCCCACAUUGUGCUCCUCACCUCCGACAACACGAUUCGGAUUUACACCCUGAGUUCUCCUCAAACUCCUGUGAAAGUCAUUGCUCUCUCUGAUGCCGACGAAGAGACAUUGAGGCUUAGCAAAGGGAGAGCGUAUACGGCACUGAUGGGCGAGACGGCCGUGGCAAUGGAUUUUGGCCCCUUGGCCGUGGUUCCCAGGUCCAUCGCAGGCCAGUGGGAGAAAGAGGAGGCGCUGGCCUAUCCCUUGUAUAUCUUGUACGAAAAUGGGGAGACCUUCCUGACCUACGUCAAUCUGCUCCACAGUGCUGGGACUCUUGGCCGGCUGCUGGGCCCACUACCUAUGCACCCUGCGGCUGAAGACAACUAUGGGUACGACGCGUGCGCUGUGCUCUGCCUCCCUUGUGUCCCCAACAUCCUGGUGAUCGCCACGGAGUCAGGAAUGCUGUAUCACUGCGUGGUGCUGGAGGGAGACGACGAUGACGAGCAGGCGUCUAUCAAAUCCUGGGACUCACGGCCGGAUCACAUCCUGUCCCUGUAUGUGUUCGAAUGUGUGGAGCUAGAACUUGCGCUGAGACUGGCCUCGCGAGAAGGCGAGCAGCCACUGGAGUCGGACUUCUCUUGUCCCAUCAAGCUGCACCGAGAUCCCAAAUGUCCCUCUCGGUAUCACUGCACGCAUGAUGCUGGGGUGCAUAGCGUCGGCCUUCCCUGGAUCAACAAGCUGCACAAAUUCCUUGGCUCAGACGAGGAAGACAAAGAUAGUUUGCAGGAACUUGGAGCAGAAGAGAAAUGCUUUGUGGAGCACAUUCUUUGCACCAAGCCUCUGCCAUGCAGGCAGCCCGCCUCCAUCCUCGGGUUCACCAUCAUCUCUGACAUCCUGGGCCCUACGAUGGUCUGCAUCACAGAGACUUACGAAUGCGUCACCAAGCCUCUUCUUUCGACUGUCCACUCGCCGUGCCCUCCGCUCCUGUGCAGCAAGGAUGACGCGCGGGCAGCGGCCUCCCCGCUCCGCCUUCUGUCCGAAUCGCAGGACUCCUUCGAGAGGCACAUCCAGAGCAUCUUGAGUCGUGGCUCCGCCAACCCACUGCUGUUGAAAGCAGCAGAUAAAGAGUCCUCGCCUCCCCCCGAAGAAGGCCUUCAGCUCCUCAGCAGGGCCACCCAAGUCUUCAGGGAAGAAUACAUACUGAAGCAGGACUUGGCCCGGGAAGAGAUCCAGCGAAGAGUGAAGCUGCUGCUUGAGCAGAAGAAGACGCAGCUGGAAGACCUUGCCUAUUGUCGAGAAGAAAGGAAGAGCCUUCGGGAGAUGGCGGAGCGGUUGGCGGACAAGUACGAGGAAGCCAAGGAGAAGCAGGAAGACAUUGUGAACAGGAUGAAGACGGUCCUGCGCAGCGUCCACUCUCACCUCCCUGUGCUGUCAGACAGCGAGAAGGACAUGAAGAAGGAGCUGCAGAUGAUACAAGAACAGCUACGGCACUUAGGGAAUGCCAUCAAACAGGUCAAAAUGAAGAAGGAUUACCAGCAGAGGAAGACGGAGACAGGGAGCAGCCCCCGCAAACCCAGCAUCACCCUCAGUGCCUCCCAGAGGAAGUGCAUCCAGGCCGUCCUGAAAGAGGAGGGAGAACACAUCCAAGAGAUGGUAAAACAGAUAAACGACAUCCGAAAUCAUGUCGCCUUUUAAUAGACAUCAUAAAGGUCAACCUUUUGUGGAAUGUUAUGGGAAACAAGCUGCCUUUCUCCUAAUUUAUACAAGUUUUCUAUUGUUUUUGGUAUCUGCAACAUGUAAUAAAUGCUUUAUUAUUCAGAA